AUGUUUCAGUCAUCUCUAUCUCACAAAAAAUUGAAGCAAAUAGACAUUAGAAAAAAUCAUCACUAUUAUCUUAAUGCCCCUUAUUAAAUUAGUGUCCUAACUCCUGAGUAACAAAAAUUCGAACAAUAGAAUGAGUCCGUCAAUUCAUAAUAAUCAUAUUAAAAUAAUAGUUAUACUCAAUAUACUGAAGAUCUUUAUUUUAGAAAACAUUCAAAAUUAUUUAGAGAUCUCAGAAGCACAUCAAAUUAGAAUAAUAAUAAUUAAUUAAAUAAUAUAAAUCAGUCAUUCAUAUUUAGAAUUAAGUCAAAAAAUCAUCUAUAAGAGGAACCUUUAAUCCUGGAUAAUUUGGGUCAAAGAGACAAAGACAAAAAGACAAAAGAUUUGGUUAAAGUAUUGCAUGAAAUGAAAAAAAAAAGAUAGAAAUAUAUUUAGAAAGAAUAAUUUAUUCCAAGAUCCCCUAUUCCAUUACUGAAAAGAUAAAAUUGUAUUUACUUAGAUGAACCUCAAGUUGAAAAGCUCGCCAAUCAUAUUAAAACUCUUCCCAUCAUUAAUAAAAGAGAACCUGGAUUAAAUAAUGCAUAAUAAAAUGAUACAUAAUCUAAUUUUUAAAAGUUAACUAAUCAUGGAAAUUUAGAAGAAUAAUUUUAAUCUAAGCUUAUCAGUCUUUAAUAGUUUAUAUUUUAACUUCAAUGCAAUUAUUUACUUUAUGUAAAAUAAUCUUAAGUUAGAUAAUAGACAUACUUCAUUGAAGAAAUAAACUAAAAUGAUCAAAUUAUUAUGUAAUUAAUGAAAAAGAGAUGGUGGUGGUGUGAAUCUCUUGAAAAAUCAGAGGAUGUAUAAUUUUAUUGGUCUCAAAAAUUGAAUUAGUAAAUUCUAUAGAAAUAACAAACUCAUGCGUUAUUUGAUAUUACCAAAAAAAGAGUUAUUAAUCCACAAAUUAUAAAUAAUCAUGAAGAAUUCUUAAAAUUUGCUCAAGAAUAAAAAUUGACAUUUAUUUAAUAAAAUAGUAGAAUUCAUAAUCACUUAGAUCUAUAUUAAAUAUUUAAUUUGAAAAAGAAUUUACUAAAAUUUAUUAAUAAAUAUUAGACACUCGCAAAUGAAGAGCUCCAACAAUUCUUUCCAUAUUCGAUUAAUGUUGCUAAUAUUUAAGAUCCAUAAUUCAAUAUAUACUAAAUUAAAUACAAACUCACUAAUUCAUUAUGGCUAGUAAAACCUGGAGAGUAACUCAAUAAUCAUUCUUAGAUAAAGCUAUGCUAAAACACAAAGUAAGUUUCUGAUUUUAUUACUUCUGAACUAAAAAAUUCAAACAGAGUGGUUGAUUCUUUCAUAAUCUAAUAAUAUAUUAAGCCAUUUUUAUAUCAAAAAAGAAAGUUUGAUAUUUGUGCUUAUAUCCUUAUAACCUCUUUUAAUGGAAUUGUUAGAGUAUACUUUUAUGAUGAAGUGAUUGGAAGGACAAGCAGCAAGGAAUAUUCAGACAAUGAUUUAGAUCCUUUAACUCAUUUUACUAAUAGUCAAAUCCAAAAAGAGUGCAAGUCCUUUUCAUUAUAUGAGUCAGGAAAUAAAUUAUCCACUGAGAAAUUAUAAGAAUUUUUUAAAUAAUUUAAGAUAAAUUUUAGGGAGAUAAUGAUCUCCAAAUUCAAAAGGAUAGCUACAAAUAUAUUUAAGUCUAUGUUUACAUAAAUGGUUUUAAGGGACUACAAUUUCGAAAUUGUAGGUUUAAAUUUUAUUGUAGAUACAGCACUAAAACCAUGGUUGAUUGAUGCCAAUUUAAAUCCAUCCUUAAUUCCUGAUUGUCCCUUUCACUAAAAGUUCUUAACUUAAUUAUUGGACAGUGUAUUUUAAUAUACCUUAGAUUUACUUCAUCCUCCUCCAUUAAAUUGGCCUUAAAACAAAAAAUAAUUAAUUGAAAAUUUUACUAUACAAGAUAGGUUUUCUGUCAUCUUUGAUUCUAGAUUCGAUUCAGAAAUACUCUUAGAAUUAUAUUAAAAAGAUAUAAAUUGA